CUCAAUCAACAGCUGCAGCGCCUCCCUCUCCGUUUUGUGGAUUUGUAACAGUGACGUGGAGGAAUACAGAAUAACACUACACUACACUCAAGAGAUUUACAUUUUUAAGCUGUUAUAUAGCAAGACACGAGGUACGAUACUGCUGACAUUAACUGACAUUCUCAAGGACAGAGAAAUCUGAACCGGAAGUCUAGAGAUGAAAAUGGACGUGUUAACUAAGGAAGAUGUUGGGCUCAAAUUCACACCACUGGUGGUUAUAGAAUUAGAAAAGAACACCAAUAAAGAAGCUAUAAAAUGGUUGGUGAAGAGGAUAAGGGACAAAAAGGAGCAUGGAGGGGCGGAUCUGAUGAUUGAGCCUUUUCUGAUGGGCAGUUCUGAUGAAAACCACCACUUGUUCCUUGUGGGAGCCUCCACUAGACGAAUGUUAGUAGCAGCAGAGGAAAUUGGAAUUGUGAAGGAAUGUGAAGAUGGAUCAAUGAGGGCAUUUACGUGCAGUAACAGGAAAAUGUUUAAAGAUUUCAAAGAUGGCGGUGACAGUUUCCUCAGUGUGGCAGAGUGUCAGUACAUUAUUAAACUCCAGUUGGACAGCCUACGGGCAAAAGAUGAAAGAAUUAUACCUGGCUAUCCUCAAAUAAAGCUAUAUCCGGGAAAGUCGAUCUUGCGUAGGUUGAUGUCAAAGGGGAUCUUGGUUCAGUACUUCCCCCUUCAUGAUAAAGAAGAGCUGAAAAAACUCUCAUACUCCUGGUACGGCAAGAUCCAGCUUUCCUAUCAGCCUCUUGAUGACAUCCGUCACUACUUCGGAGAGGCAAUUUCCAUGUACUUCGGAUUCUUGGAGUAUUUAACAUUUGCCUUGAUCCCCAUGGCCUUAAUAGGAAUACCUUACUAUUUGUUUGCCUGGGAAGAUUUUGAAAAAUACACAUUAUUCGCCACGUUCAACCUGGUGUGGUCUACAGUGCUUCUGGAAGUGUGGAAGCGGUGCUGUGCCUCGCUGGCUUACAGGUGGGGUACCCUCAUUAGGAAGAAAGAGUUUGAGGAGCCGCGGCCAGGCUUCCAUGGUGUUUUGGGAAUAAACGUGGUGACCGGGAGAGAGGAGCCUGUCUACUCCAGCUUCAAGAGGCAGCUGCGGAUCUAUCUGGUCUCGGUGCCCUUUGUCCUGCUGUGCCUUUACUUCUCUCUCUACAUCAUGAUGAUCUACUUUGACAUGGAGAACUGGGCCCUAGGCUAUCACGAAGAAGAGCAGUCCGUCUGGAGCAGCCUGGUGCUGUUUUUGCCCAGCGUCAUCUACGCCAUCGUCAUUGAGAUCUUGAACAGGAUAUACCGCUACGCCGCAGAGUAUUUGACUGGGUGGGAAAACCAUAGAUUGGAAUCAUCAUACCAGAAUCAUUUAGUUCUGAAGGUCUUGGUGUUCAACUUUUUGAACUGUUUCGCUUCCCUUUUCUACAUUGCCUUUGUGCUUCACGACAUGAAACUUUUAAGACAGAGCCUUGCCACUCUUCUGAUUACAUCACAAAUCCUAAACCAAAUUGUAGAGGCCUUUCUCCCUUACUGGCUUCAAAAGAGGCGCAACAAGAAGGUACACAAGAAGCUGGGACGCAGCAGUAUGGACAAGGAACUGCCUUGGGCUGAGCAAGUGAUGCUGGAAGCAGAUAUGGACACCUAUUUAGGUACCUUUGAUGAUUACUUGGAGCUGUUCCUGCAGUUUGGAUAUGUCAGCCUCUUCUCGUGUGUAUUUCCACUAGCAGCUGUUCUGGCAGUACUGAACAAUGUCACAGAAAUCUAUUCGGACGCCUUGAAAAUGUGCCAGGUCUUCAAAAGACCAUUUUCCCAGCCUGCAGCCAAUAUCGGAGUAUGGCAGCUGGCAUUUGAAACUAUGAGUGUGAUUUCAGUCGUCACCAACUGUGCGCUGCUUGGUAUGUCUCCGCAAGUGAAGUCGUUAUUCCAGGAGUCUGAUACAAACCUCAUAUUACUUGUGCUGGCAGUUGAGCAUGUUCUCCUGGCUUUCAAGUUCAUCUUGAUGUUUGUUAUUCCUGAUGUGCCGAAAGAUAUCCGCACUCAGCUGGCUAAGCUGGAGUUUGAAUCAUUGGAGGCUCUUAAACAACAGCAAAUCCAACGAGCCGCUGAGUCCUUGAAGGAAGACAGUGAGGAAUUCAAACUGAAAGCAUCUUAGACACCAAAGAUUCGGAAGCUGUUUCCAUGAGCAAAAAACAGGACAGAAAUAUAUAAUGUUUACACUCUUUGCACUGCAAGAAAUGGUUAUUUAUUUAGGUGCUUUUGUCUCUUUCUCUGUUCCAUAAUCUAAUUAUAAUUUGCAAAUGGCAGUAUUGGUUCUUUUUUCUUCUGUAAUAUGUGAUUGGUGUAGGCUUACACUUUAAAUGAUGACUUAAGUGCCUGGCGUUGGGAUUAGGGUACAACAACAUGUUUCAAAUUUAAAAACAUUAAAUACAGAUACAUGUUUAAUGUUAUUGCAAAAAUAGACUUACAGAUACAAUAUAAAAAUCAUAAAAAUAAGUCUAUCCAAAUAUUGUUGUAUCAUUUUUUUACAUGCACCAAAACACAAUAUCUAGUUUUACCUAAAAUGUGUUAAUGCAUGUUUAAAGAAAUGUUCACUCAAACUUCCUUUUAAAGAUAUCAGGAGAACUAGCUUCCACUGUCUUGUAUAUAUCAUGAACUAUCUAUUGUAUUAUUAUGAUUCCUGACUAUAGGUAAAACUAGUUGGUUUCCUAUAGUUUUAACCUCUGUCCUACAAAAGAUGUAUGUUUAUUGCUGUGGGCAAAAUGUCCCCUUAUGUUGUGUAUAUUAAACAAAGCAAACCUUG